ACAAUCAUCAAUAAUGUUCGAUAUUUAAUCUCCUCUGUCUGCCAGAAAACAUGAGAGCCCUUUCUCCAGAAACGCAGCAGAGUUAAAAUAAUGCGUUUUCUUUCACGCUUUACAGAAUCUUAGCAGACAGCGGGCUCUGACACAUUUCCUUCUAGGCGAGGAUAGGAAGAAGGCAGCAACAAUAGCAGCUCCUGGGUACUUCUUAAAAGGGUGUGCUGGGUCGUUUAGUUUGGAGAUCAAAUUGAGGUUGGUUGCUGACUUUUGAGGUAUUACUGCAGUCUGAUUUAGAGAGAGAGACUGAAGUUUGAAGAUAACGCUGUAGUGGGUUGCUGAUUCCUUGAAGCAUCUUGUGAUCGCGAUUGAGCGGAGUUGUAGAGGUUUGAAGAUCAAGCUAUGUGGAUUGCUUUCUGAAGAAAAGGACAAAUUCUAGUUCCUGAGGCUUAAAGAAACAGAAGCCGAUACUGUAGGGGGGGAGAGAGAGAGAGAGAGAGAGAUGGAGGCUUCAUCUGGUUCCGGUUGCUGUAAAUGGUGAAGGGCUUCGAAUGUUGAGGAGAGUCAAAUCAAUUUGAGUUGGUGCAGCUUUCUUGACCAAUCUGAUCCUUACCGUAUAGAAAUCAUGGUGGAAGAUACUGGAGAAGAAGUCAUAACAGAGAUUCAAUCAGUUGAGGAGUGUCUAUCACAUGCUCAAGGACUUGUUCCCUUGGCACUUGAUGCGGCCAAAGCUGUGAAGGGGUUUCCUGGUAGAUGGAAGAUGAUAAUUUCCAAGUUGGAGCAGAUCCCCUCACAUUUAUCUGACUUGUCAAGCCACCCUUGCUUCUCCAAGAAUGCGCUUUGCAAAGAGCAAUUGCAGGCUGUGUCAAAUACACUGAAAGAAGCGAUUGAAUUGUCAGAUUUAUGUAACAGUGAGAAAUAUGAGGGUAAACUUAGGAUGCAGAGUGAUCUUGAUCGUUUAUCUGGGAAAUUGGAUUUGAAUUUACGAGAUUGCGAGCUUUUGAUCAAGACUGGGAUGCUUGGUGAAGCAACUUUGCCUUUGGCUGCAGCUGGUUCAUCAACAGAACUUGAGGCUUCCAUUCAUGGCAAUACAAGGGAAUUGCUUGCUCGGCUUCAGAUUGGGCACUUGGAGGCGAAGCACAAAGCUCUUGACAGCCUCGUUGAGGUCAUGAAAGAGGAUGAGAAAACCGUUUUGGCUGUUCUUGGCAGAUGCAAUAUUGCUGCUCUUGUCCAGCUAUUAACUGCAACCUCUCCUCGUAUCCGGGAAAAAACUGUUAGUGUAAUCUGCUCGCUUGCAGAAUCUGGAAGAUGCGAGAAUUGGCUUGUUUCUGAAGGUGUUUUACCACCUCUAAUAAGGCUGGUUGAGUCAGGUAGCACACUAGGCAGAGAGAAGGCCACCAUCUCACUCCAGAGAUUGUCAAUGACGACAGAAACAGCCAGGGCAAUUGUUGGACAUGGUGGGGUUCGGCCACUGAUUGAAAUCUGUCGAACCGGUGAUUCAGUAUCACAGGCUGCAGCUGCUUGUGCUUUAAAGAACAUAUCGGUUGUACCUGAGGUUAGACAAAACUUAGCCGAAGAAGGUGUUGUGAAAGUCAUGAUCAAUCUCCUAGAUUGUGGAAUUCUACUAGGAUCCAAAGAAUAUGCUGCAGAAUGCUUGCAGAAUCUCACUGCCAGCAAUGACAACCUAAGGAGGAUUGUUAUUUCAGAAGGUGGAAUCCGAAGCCUGUUGACGUAUCUAGACGGUCCACUGCCUCAAGAAUCUGCAGUUGCUGCAUUAAGGAAUUUGGUUACCUCAGUUUCUAUAGAAAUGUUGGCAUCUCUUGGUUUCCUACCUCGAUUGGUUCAUGUCCUUAAAUCUGGAUCAUCAGGGGCACAACAAGCUGCUGCGUCUGCAAUUUGCCGGGUUUGCAGCUCAACUGAGAUGAAAAAAUGGGUGGGUGAAGCUGGAUGCAUUCCUCUACUUGUCAAAUUGCUCGAGGCUAAAUCAAAUGGUGUUAGGGAAGUUUCAGCGCAAGCAAUUUCAAGUUUGGUGACCCUUUCACAGAAUUGCAGAGAAGUUAAAAAGAAUGAGAAAAGUGUGCCAAAUCUGGUCCAAUUGCUUGAUCCAAGUCCACAAAACACAGCAAAGAAGUAUGCUGUGUCCUGCUUAGCCUCACUUUCUUCAAGCAAGAAAUGUAAAAAGCUAAUGAUUUCCUAUGGAGCAAUUGGGUACCUCAAGAAGCUUACUGAGAUGGACAUCCCGGGGGCUAAGAAGCUGCUUGAGCGGUUGGAAAGAGGGAAAUUAAGAAGUUUGCUCAGCAGAAAAUAGAAAAAACAUUAUCUGUAUCCAUCUUUUGUAUGAUAAAGUUUGUAAUUUUUCCCCAUGUAGUCUCUGUUUCAUUAUCUGUAUGAAACAAUGUAACUGAGUGAUGAACUGAAGCAAUCAAGUGUGCUAAUCUAAGCAAUCAAAUAUUAUAUUUAUAUAAAUAUAUAAGAUUCCCAAAUUUAUCUUCUUUGCUUCACCUCUCCUCUUUUCUACAGAGGCAACCUUGCUGAAGAUGACAUAUCUGGUCCCAUCCACUUGUUUGCAGGAUAUGCUUACGUAAAGACGGUGACCAGCGGAAGCCACAGCCAUUAGAUUUGAUAUUAGUGAAUCGGAACCAACGGUUGAGAUCGAUGAUGCGAGUGACCAAGACCAAAGGUCAACAAAACAGAAGCGCAGACGCAGGUGGUGGUGGUGGUGGUGUAAAGAAAUAAAUCUGUUUUGUUUUGUUGCUAGCGAAAAGAGAGAGCCAAACACGCCAUUAUCAGAGGUCUAUCAUUAAUAUUAGCUCAACGGAGAUCAGAGAAGCAAAAGCAGACACAGAUUGCUGACGCUGCCUUUUUCCUUUAUCUCUUUUGGGUGAUGUAGAUUUUCCUUCUCUUUUUUUUUUUUUUUUU